AUGGGCGAGCGACGAGAUGUAAGGCUGAGUGACGGAACCCUUGUUACCCUUAAUGCAGGCAGCCGGCUUACCUAUCCUCAUGCAUUUAAGGGAGACGACCGGGCUGUGUCCCUGGAAGGAGAAGCUUUCUUUAAAGUAGCCAGAGAUGCAGCAAAGCCAUUCAUCAUCCAUACAGCUGCGUUGCAGACAACGGUGCUUGGGACCUCGUUCAAUAUCACCGCUUAUAAAGGCGAACCCAAUGUGGUGACCGUGCUUACCGGUAAGGUGAAAGUGGCGGGUAACAAGGGGGGCAAUGCGGUGGUAUUACAUCCGGGCCAGCAGGUGGGGGAGUCGGCAUCCGGGCAAUAUUUAACCGUUAAAAAAGUGGAAGCCGCCAAUUAUACCGCCUGGGAUAAAGGCACCAUCUACCUGGAUGGUAUCGGGCUGGAGGCGCUGGCCAGGCGACUGGAGCGUAAGUAUAAGGUACGCAUACAAAUAGCGCCAUCGCUUCAGGCAAACACCUGCCUCUUCAACGGAAAGCUGAUGGACGAUAAGCUGCAAAAUGUGCUGGAGCAUCUUCAUUUUAUAAGCAAGCUGGAAUAUAAGAUGGUCAAUGAUUCCACCGUUUUUAUCAACAAUGUUUCGUGUAACUGA